AUGGGGUUGUCGGGAGUGGAGAUGGGGUUUUCGUGGUGGCUGGUAGGGUCACCGAGAGUGGAGAUGGGUUUUCGGGGUGGCUGGGUGGUGUUUUGGAUUGGAGGGGGUUUUGGAGUGGUUGAAGAAUUAAUCAGGACUUGCAGAGUUGCAGGCUGGUGUAUCCAAGAAAAUGAGGAAGAUAGGCUGUCCAUGGUAAAUGUCGUACAAAUUUUGGAAGGAGUCACACAAGUGGCUAAUCCUCCAAUUCCAAGAUAUCUGCAACAUGUUACAGAAAUCCCGGAGUCGUUGAAAUUUGCAAAGACUGAAAUAGAGAUUGGCUUGAGAAUAAAAGCAAAGAAGCUACAAGGGAGUGAAGGAAGUCAAGGAACCACGGAUUCUUAUUCUUGCAAUAUGGAGAGCUCUCAAUCCAAACGGUCUGCUUCUUUUUCUGAACAAACGUCACAACCACUUUCUGAAAAGGAUAUGGAAGAAUUGCAAUCUACUUUGCCUCCUGAUAAGAAGCUAAAAGCGGGGCGGGAAUAUAUAUGGAACAGAAAAAGUAAGAGGAAAGCUGAGUAUUGGAAAUAUUACUUAGAGUACGUCGAGAAUGGAAAACUACGAGCUGAAUGUAAGUUCUGUCCUAAAACUUUUGCUGCUGAUGAACAUGAGAGUAGUGAAUUAAAGUGUGGGAGUAGGAUUAUUAACUUGAAUGAUGUUAGAGAGGCAUUGAUUCACAUGAUUAUUGUUGAUGAGUUACCAUUUAAGCAUGUGGAAAAACCCGGUUUUAGGCACUUUGUGCAAGUUGCAUGUCCACAAUUUCACAUUCCAUCUCGCGUUACCAUUGCUCGUGAUUGUUUAAAGUUGUAUUAUAGUGAAAAAGAGAAAUUGAGAGAAAUGUUUAAGACAUGUCAAAGAAUUUCUGUGACCACUGAUACUUGGACUUCAAUACAAAGAAUUAAUUAUAUGUGUCUUACAGCUCAUUUCAUUGAUAAUGACUGGAAAUUGAAUAAAAAGAUCAUAAAUUUUUGUCCAAUUUCUAGUCAUAAAGGAGAGGCUAUUGGAAAAGCAGUUGAGGCAUGUUUAGAGUAUUGGGGUAUUGAUGAUAAACUUUUUACUGUCACUGUUGAUAAUUCUUCUUCAAAUGAUGUUGCUUGUGCACACUUGAGUAGAAUGGUUAGAAGAACAGGAUGUAUAAAUGAUGGAAAAAAUCUUCAUGUUAGAUGCAUUGCUCAUAUCAUUAAUUUAAUUGUGUGGGAUGGUAUUAGAGAACAUGGUGUGUGCAUUGAUAGAGUUAGAAAUGCUGUGAAAUAUGUUAAGAAUUCCCCUGCAAGAAUACUUAGAUUCAAAGAUCUUGUGCAAAAAGCAAACAUAGAUUCAAAAUCUUCUUUAUCCUUUGAUGUCCCCACUCGUUGGAACUCCACAUACAUAAUGUUGGAAACGGCUUUGAAGUUUCGACGUGUUUUUAGUGGGUUAUCUCUUCCUGAUGGAGAGGAUUUGAAUGACAAUGAAAGGCCUCCCGAACCCGAAGAUUGGGAAAAAGUGGAGAGCUAA